AUGGCUGACUCCAUUGGGCUUGGUGUUUCUCAGGAACCACUUUAUAAUCUUAAUAGUGAUGAACUUGAGACUGAAAGUGUAGACAUUCAAUGUGAUGUGAAUGUUGAAGAUGGGGUCAAUGUUGAAGAUGGGGUCAAUGUCGAAGAUGGGGUCAAUGUGAUGCCCUCUUCGACUAGUUGUCCUUUGGAGCCAUACAUUGGUAUGUUAUUUGACGAUGUGGAAGACGCCCAAGCAUAUUAUAAGGCAUAUGCAAGGCGUAAAGGAUUUGCUAUUCGGACUAAUCAUACUCGAUUGUCGAAAGAUGAUAAAAAACUACUUACAGUAGACUAUGUAUGCACAAGGGAAGGAUUUCGGAGGAUAAAUCGGAAAGAAAAAGAACAAAUAAUGCCUGAACCUAACGAGACAAAGAUUGGAUGUAAAGCUUUGAUGGGUAUAAAAAAAGAUGGUGAACACUAG